GUCACAGUCUCGCGAGAUGGGACUUGUGACGUCAAAAUUAGAUGGCCGUCGGAAGCCAAGGAGCUGGUCAUUUAAACAGCGGUUCGGUAUUGCGGACGGCGUUAAGAAAUUCAGGAGAGUCCCGCGAAAAGCGGGCCUGUUGGUUGACAUGAAGGGCCAGGCGGACAGUCUGCUGGCAAGUUUAUACACCAUUUGAGAAGCAGCCUUUAGACACCCUGCUAUGUGAUAUUCCAUUGGAAUCAUUGGCAGCGUCCUAGGGAGCCUGACCCUUCCGCCCUCAGCUAAUGCCCAUCUCCUUCCGCCUGCCCACCUUAUAUAUAGUGCGUGCGUGUUUUGAUUCGGCGGGGAAGGUACAGCUAUGCUUCUAGGGAGCUGCUUUCUGACGUACGAGGACUUUAAGAAAAGGUUUAGUUCCUAUAAAAAUGACACCAAGAACAGCUUCAGCAUCCACAGCAGCACCUCUGUACUGGAGCACAAUGAGUCCCAAGGAGCCUGUGUGCGAGAGGAUGUCAUAUUCACCCGCUUAAAAUUUUGUUGUUCAAGGAGACAGGAAAAUCCAUGUCCAGCUUACUUCAUACUGCAGUACGAUGAGAAACUGGAUUGCCUGGUGAUAAAGAAUGAAGACUCUGCUCAUGUCCACACUGAGGAAACAGAGGAGCUUUCUAAUGAAACGGAAUCUCUUUCUGAAAAAUUGGAGCCACUCCCUAAGAAACUGUGCAGCGAGAGGCUCUCUUUAACUUGCCCUGAUGAGAAUGCAGCACCGGUUUGUGUUAAAAUGGAAGAUCUGUCAGAGCCAGAUGACUGCCAUGGUGGUUCAGUCAAUGAGACUGACAGUUUUGAGUACACUGUCUCAGAAGCUGCAAUCACAAACUUAACUCAACUGUUUGAAACAUUUUUGUCUGAAGAUUCAGGUGCCAAGGCCGUUAUGACCCUGGAGAAUCAACAGCAACUCAAUCAUGUGGGUUUCCAGACAAGUAAAAUGGGUGUUUUAUUUGAAAAGUAUCCAGAGAGUCUUGUUCUACACAGAGUCACUAUCAAAUCUGGUUACAUCCUAUAUGCUUUCCUGGUUGAGACCAAAGAAAGAGGCACAAAAGUAGUUCACUUCUCCUUUAUCAGAAAGGAAAACACAGACAACUUGCACAAAAUGUUGAGUGUUUUUCAAUACUUCAAUGAAGAAUGGCUAAAAGUAAAAGUGAUCUUUACAGAAAUGUCCUUUGGCCAUACAGCCCUUCUAAAAGAGACUUUUCCUUCUGCACAAAUUUUAUUAUCAGUGUAUCAUAUGGCUCGUUUGAUUGAGCGAAGGAUAAGAGAAUCUGCUUCAACAAAGGACUGGCUUCAGAAAUAUCUAGAUGAUGCAAUAUACAACACAUCUCCAGAGAAGUUGUCACUCCUUGCAGAUAAGCUGCAGGGCAGAGUGGCUAAAGAUCUGUACGCCUUCCUGGAUGCUCACUGGUUUUCCUGUGAAAUGCUUUGGUACAUGCAUGUAAAGAAGGGCUUGCACUCAUGCAGGACCUACAUGGACAGUUUGGAUGUAGUCACCAAAAAAAUACGCAGCUUGCUGAGGAAACAAAGCUCUAUAGAAUUUGGUAUCCAGAAAUUUGUGGAAAAUGCUCACUGUUUUAACAGCAAAAUCUUAUGGAACCAAAGAGAUUCUUCCGGGUCGAGACCCAAAACAUCAUACAGAGUCAACAAAAUGAUCCAGAAUAAGAAACCAUUAGCUGCACCACCACAAGUCUCUUCGCCCAAGGCUUUAACAAUUAUUGACACAGCAAUUCCUAUUAAGAAAGAAGACAAUGCUUCUCCAACUGACUGUCCUAUUGAGCAAGUUGACAAAAAGUUUCCUCCAUGCUCUUCCAGCGAGUUUAGCAAAUGGUUAGUGCAACACGAAAUCAUUUGCAAGAGUGACAGAGAAACUGCAAAAAAACGCAUGGUCCACAACAUUGCACCGUCUUUAAAGGGUCAAGUAAGACCUCAGACUGUAACUGAUACCAUGGCUUUUGCAUUGUGGCAGCACUGCAGUCGUCUUGGCUUUCAACUUUGCCUGAAGGAGUGGGAGGUGGCGAAAGGGGCCACACAUCUUAUCAGUGCAAAGAGUGCGUAUAUCACUGUACAGAUUCUAGAACAACCACAUCAUAUCAGAAAUAAUUUGCGUUCUUGCACAUGUUACUUUAGUGAACGCUACCAGCUGCCAUGUCGGCACAUCUUGAGUAUCCUGUAUGCAAGCAAAAAGCCUGUGGAAUUAUCCAUGGUCUCUGGCAGCUUGCAGAAGAAACACAUGCAGCCCUUGUGUGGUUUGAAGGUCUGGAACAGGUUAUUGCAUUAUACUAAGGAUGAGGAAGAGGCUAAGGAACGACAUCGCAAGAUCCGGACUCUAACUAGGGAACUCUCUAAUCUUCUAUUACAAUGCGGGACUCCUGACUUGAAAACCAGGUGCUCUACUCUGAAGGCUUUGGUAGACAAGUGGAGUCCACCGUCAAAAACAACUGUCAAUGAGAAUUUUACUGAAAUUAACUCUGUAGGACUUCCUUAUCAGUGGGUGAAGAAAGAACCAUCUGAAGGAGAAGAGUAUUCUGGUUGCCAGGAGCUGUGUAGAUUGGAUGUUCACCCAGGUGAAACACUGACUACUGAGAAAUGAAAUAAUUGGAGUGCUCUCUGUACUUACCUCAUAUCUUCAGUGAACUGUGUGCCUGGGCCUUAAUAUCUACAAACGGACAAUGCUGAAAUUGUAUUUAUUACUUGUAAAGAAAAUACAUUUCUUUUUUGUACAUAACUUUUUAAUCUAAUAUAUGUAUAUUUCCUUUAAUAUGUAAAAGUAGCAGGGCUUCUUGCUUAUUGUGCUGUGGUCAGUUUGGUCAGUCCCUGGUCAGGGUAUAUGUUCUGCAGAAAACAUACAUAUACAUUUCAGUGCAGGGUCACUAUUUAUUUCUAAAAGUAACAGAUUAGAAAACUAUAAAACAAAAUUUUUUGUGUAAUAUUGGCCUCAUUUUUUAUAGAAAUCACAACCAGUAGCAUAACUAGAUAUUAUGGGGCGCCACAGCAAAUUAUUUUUCAGGCCCCCAAAAUGUCUAGAGGUUGACCUGUUUUACCAAUAUUUAUUGAUUUGUAUAAUUAGGGUCUCAUGGGGCCCCUAUACCUCUUGGCCCCCACUGCAGCCUCAGGGUCUGCUUCCUCUGUAGUUGCUGGAGCCAGUUAAUAGUCUUUCUAUUCUAGUCAUUUUCAUGACUGUUUAACUAUGCCUUACUUAUGUCUCUUUGUCUUUUACUCUCCAAAAAGUUCAUAUUCAGACUCUGAAGCAAUUCUCUGGUUUUACUAAAGACAAAUAACAUUGUAUUCAAUAUUUGUUUAUUACAAAGAAGCCCUGAAGCUCGAAAUAUUUUAUGUGGUUUGCAUAAUUUAUUCACCACACAUGUACUAUAUACACAUCCCUUAUCCAGUAAAUUCCAAACUAUGGGAAGCCCAUCUCCCUUAAAGUCUAAUUUUUAAAAAAAAAAAAAUUUAAUUUUUCUCUGUAAUAAUAAAGCAGAACCUUGUACUGAU